AUGAAACCAGACACAAGAAAGCCUAAAUCCAAAGACUUUUUGUUUAUUUUCUUUGACUUGGAAACCCGUCAAGACGAGUCCCUGCCCUCAGAUCCUGAGUCUAAAUUGCAUCAAGUGAACUUGUGUGUGUCACAACAGUUUUGCUAUCAGUGUAUUGAGGCUGAAUUUUGUAUGGCUUGUAAAAAUCGUACACGAGUGUUUAGUUCUGAACCAGUCACUCAGUUCAUGGACUAUGUGAUGCAAGUCCGUAGAAAUUUUAAAGAUGUCUGUGUCAUUGCACACAAUGGGCAGGGCUUUGAUUUCCAGUUUUUGCUCAAAUAUGUGCUGGAGGAUACAAAGUUCACUCCGAAACUUGUAAUGCGGGGAACUAAGGUCAUUUUGAUGGAGAUUGACAAUGUGAGGUUUGUUGAUUCACUUAGUUAUUUCCCUAUGCCUCUUGCUGCACUGCCCAAAGCCUUUGACUUGCCCCCGGAAAAGAAGAAAGGCUAUUUCCCCCACCUCUUCAACACCCUUAAGAAUCAAAAUUAUGUGGGCCCUAUGCCGCCAAAGGAGUUUUACUGUCCAGAAUCUAUGUUUAAAAAAUCACACAAAGAUUUUGAAAAUUGGUAUAAUGAUCAGGUUGCAAACCACUUCACAUUUGACUUUAAAAAAGAAAUCCUAGAGUACUGUAUGUCGGACGUUGAUAUCUUGGCCCAAGCUUGCUUAAAGUUCCGUUCAAUUUUCCUGCAAGAGUGUAAUGUUGACCCGUUUCUUGAAGCUGUAACCAUUGCCAGCGCAUGCAAUUUGGCCUUCCGUCGGAACUUUUUGAAGAAAAAUACCAUCGGCAUCGUUCCUAAAAACGGAUAUAGGCUUACAGACGCUCAAUCGGCAAUCGCGUUACAGUGGCUAUCAUGGGAAGAGGAGAAACGUGGAGUUAGAAUUGAACACGCUGGUCGUGGAAAAGAAGUUAGGAUCAAUAAACUGAAAGUAGAUGGGUUUGACGGUCAGAAUAUUUACGAAUUUCAAGGCUGUUACUGGCACGGAUGCCCUAAAUGCUUUCUCUAUGACCGUGAACUUGCUUUGAAAGAGGACCCCUCUGACUCACUCCAUUUGCGAUAUGAACGGACUAAAUCUAAAAUAGCAAAGUUGGGUGAUAACGUUGUACAAAUGUGGGAAUGUGAGUUUAGAAAGUUAAAAAAGACAGAAAACCUGAAACACCUAGAAAAGUUGCCGAUCCUCAACAAUUUACCUCUGAAUCCGAGGCAAGCAUUUUUUGGGGGCCGAACCGGGAAUGCCAAAACCUAUCACAAAUGCGCCGAAGGGGAAACCAUUGAGUACGUGGAUGUAUGCUCUCUCUAUCCCUGGGUAUGUAAAUAUGGCAAGUACCCUGUAGGCCAUCCAACGAUCUAUGUAGGAGACAAAGAGUGUAGACAGAGAGGUCUCAAUGUUGAGGGUCUAUUAAAGUGUAAAAUACUUCCACCUCGUGACCUCUAUCACCCCGUUCUCCCAGCCAAAAUGAAUGACAAGUUAAUGUUUGUUUUGUGCGCGACUUGUGGAGAUGGUCAGAUUCAAAAUGAUUGCGACCACGAAAGUGGUGACAGAGCACUUAUUGGGACCUGGACCAUGGACGAAGUUCGUAAAGCUGUAGAAAAGGGUUAUGUUGUACUCGACAUGUAUGAACUUUGGGAGUAUAAGGUAGCCACAUAUGAAAAUGGGGGAUUGUUUACUGAUUUUAUAAAUAAAUUUUUAAAAAUGAAACAGGAAGCAUCUGGGUACCCGGGUUGGUGUGAAACAGACGAGGACAAAAACAAGUACAUUGACGACUAUUUUAAGAAAGAGGGUGUCCAACUAGAAAAAGACAAAAUUAUCAAGAAUGGUGGUUUGAGGUCGUUGGCUAAACUGAUGUUGAACUCGUUUUGGGGAAAAUUUGGACAGCGUGAAAAUCAGACCAAAGCUACAAUUGUCAGGGACCCAAAAACACUUUUCAAAAUGUUAACUAGCUCUGAAAUUGAUGUAAAUAGAGUACAGAUUGUCAAUGAUGAGGUUCUUGUUGUUAGCUGGGAGUACAUUGAGGAGGUUGGGGAACCAUUGCAAAAUGUAAAUGUUGUGUUGGCAGCUUACACUACUGCCCAAGCGAGAUUGAAGCUCUAUGAGCAUCUAGAUGCUUUGGGUGGUCAAGUGUUGUAUUAUGAUACUGAUUCUGUAUUGUAUGUAUACAAGGGUGGUUUGUACAGAGUUCCCACGGGAGAUUAUCUAGGGGAAAUGACCGAUGAGUUGGCCGAGUAUGGACCAGGUUCAUACAUAACAGAGUUUGUAUCUGGAGGGCCAAAAACCUAUGCAUACCUCAUUGAGAAGAUGUUCCUGUCUACAAUCUUUGAUCCCAUCCUUGAGAAGGUGGUAAGAAAAAUUUUGGGGAUCGGAGACGGCAACUAG